UUAUUUAUUUUGAUUUGAUAGUUUUUUUUUAUAGAAAAAAUAAACUGAAAAGCAGUACUGUUAUAAUAGUAGGGAUUUUAGGAUUUACGUGAAUUUCGUGUAAUAAAUCAAGAGAUAUGUCCAAGCCUAUUACAUUUGUUACCGGCAAUGCCAAGAAAUUAGAGGAAGUUAUUCAAAUAUUAGGUUCUGAUUUCCCUAGACAACUUGUUAGUAAAUCGGUAGAGCUUCCCGAACUACAAGGAGAGCUAGACGAAAUAUCAAUAUUGAAAGCUAGGGAAGCGCAUAGACAAAUAUCUGGACCAGUCAUUGUGGAAGACACGGCACUUUGUUUCAAUUCUUUGAAGGGUUUACCAGGACCUUACAUCAAAUGGUUCCUUCAGAAACUGGGGCCUGAAGGCUUAUAUCAAAUGUUACAUGGCUUUGAAGAUAAAUCUGCACAAGCUGUAUGUACUUUUGCCUAUCACACUGGUGAUGAAAAUGAGGAGGUUGUUCUUUUUCAAGGCAGAACUGAUGGGAGUAUUGUGAGCCCUAGAGGGCCUAGAGAUUUUGGGUGGGACCCCUGUUUUCAGCCUCUUGGCUAUGAAGUUACUUAUGCAGAGAUGCCAAAGAGUGAAAAAAAUAAGAUUUCACAUAGGUAUAAAGCAUUGGAGUUACUUAGGAAACAUUUUGUGAAAUCAGAAGUGUAGUUCAGAAGAUAUUCAGUCAAUAUAGUCAUAAGCAUCAUC